AGUCAGCUGGGCUCCGGAGCACUGUGGUCUAGCGCGCUCGACGUCUCCGUGCUCGGACACAGCGACUCUCUGGCGUACUACUUCAAUCACCCUGUUGCCACAGCAGAGGGAGAGCUCUGAGCUCUCCCUGGUUCAGGUGGUAGCGGCAGUAGGGCGCCUGAGGCAAAGAGCAGCUAAACGCGGCUCCUACAGCGCGUUUGAUUGAAAUUGUUGCGGUCAUCGCGCUCCCAGCGCUGCUCUGCCGCCGCGCGUCGCGUGUGGAAGGAUUGCGGCUGAUCUUCUGGAUCCGUAGAGGAUGAGGGCCGUCCUCGUCCUCAUCACCUCGGCGCGGGCCUUCCAACGCCCGCACCACGUCCCGAAACCCGCGUGCCCCGCCGCGGUCCCCGACGCGAGCCCGGCCGAGUACGAACGCGUCUACGCGGCGGACUGCGAGGUGGGCGCGGGGCUCGACGAGCGUUUCUACGACUUCAACCGCGGCCUGGUCGCCGCGGUCAAGGGCUUCUUGGACGUGUUCCUGGAGGGGCGCGACGUGCCGCGCUUCUACGUGCUCGAGACGCUCGCGCGGGUGCCGUACUUCGCGUACGUGUCCGUGCUCCACCUCCGGGAGACGUUCGGACAUCGGGACGACGACCACGUCGCGCGCAUCCGCGUGCACUUCGCCGAGGCCGACAACGAGCUGCACCACCUGCUCAUGAUGGAGGCGCUCGGCGGGAACGCGAGCGUCGUCGACCGGUGCCUGGCGCAGACGCUGGCCGUGGGCUAUUUCGGGUAUUGCUGCGCGCUCUACGCGACGAACCGGAGGCUAGCGUACCACCUCUCGGAGCUCAUCGAGGCGCACGCGUACGAGACGUACGACGACUAUCUGCGGCGGGAGGGUUCAGCUCUGAAGAUGCAAGAGCCGCCGCCGGUCAUCCGGGAGUACUACGAGAGCGUCGACGGCGACCCGCCCAAGACGCUCUACGACGCGUUCGUCCGCGUCCGCGACGACGAGCAGAGCCACUGGGCGUCGCUGGCCGGCCUCGUCCAGUUCGAUACCCUGGGCGGCGGGUCCGUCGCGACGCCGCCCUGCGCGGCGGACGACGAGGCGUGCCUCGCCGCGCCCGACGAGUGCCUCGUGCCCGCGGUGUCGCGCUAGAGUA